ACCCACUGCGCUUUGAACGAUGACGACCUGUCGUGUUGGAAUUCUACAGCUAACUUCUUUUCCAAAGUAUUAAUUGGACAACUACGACAUUACAUUGCUGUUCAGGUAGAUAUCGAUCAAUGGCAUCGUCGCCAUGGUAAACCAGAUGGUCAAGACAUGGACUCCGUUAACCUGCAAUGGAAACAGGGAAAAGAACAAUAUGGAAUUCUGCAGAAUUAUCCACAUUUGCUCUUUUUACGUUUGUCGAUGCAGGUAGCGGCAUCGAUUGAAGAAUCAUUCCUAAGUGAGCUUCAUCCUAAGGAUAUUCUCACAAACACAACUGUUAUUCAAAUUGCUAAAGUGCUCAGUGAUAGAAUUCGU